AUGAAAAUAUCUGGUUGUGUGGCGUUAGUGACAGGUGGAGCUUCAGGGAUAGGACGUGGACUUUGCGAAGUACUGCUGCAGCGUAACGCCAAGGUAUUUAUUGCGACUUUGGAUAGCAGCAAGCGAAUGCGGAAAAUUUCGAAAAUUUCAUGAGUUUGUUGAAAGGCUAAAUUGACCGUUGCAGGCUGUCGUAUUGUGGCUUAAAUGUGGCUAAAAUUCAGUAGUGACUGAUACUGUGAAACGGCGAAAUUACCUAAAAUAACUAUUCCUUUUGUUAAAAAGCUUAGACUUUCAGUCUCGUUGAAAUCUGACCAUGCAAGUUCCUGAAGUUCUAGUUUCCGCCCCUCCCCUCCAGGGGGAACUGCUUGAAGUUUUUCAUCAGAAUGGGUCAAUCGAAAAGCUCCCCUCCCCGGCAAAGGGGUAGCAGGGUUCUCAAUUGAAGUAAACAGCCUCAGCCAGGGGCAUACACUGAUGUACUCAGCCUUUUUGCACUUUGAGGACGAGGUGGGGGAUGGGGGAGGGGAGAGGGAAAAGUGAAAUUAAAUUUGUCUAUUAAAACUCAGGAUGUUACAAGUCGAUUUUUUCAGUGCUUGUUUAAAAUGAUGGUAACUACAGCGUGCAAAGAAAGUCUUGUCCAAUAGCCUGGGGCUACUGGAUUUUGCUAUCUGGCUAGUGAUUUCUGUUCUUAACUUGCCCGAUGGCCAAGUGCUGUUUUUUGGGGAAAUUCAAAUUACAGAAGGAUUGUAAUCAAUCCUGCUAAUCAAAAAGGGUUUUGGGGCUAGUUGAAAUGAUUUGUGGGCUAGUACAUGCUAGCUAUAACUUGCCCGAAUGGCACGCUGUAAACUGACUUUCUUUGCACCCUAAACUAAUUGAGUGAUGUUCAAAGUCAAUUGAAAUCUAUAUGUUGACUUCUUGAGAUCUGAUUUUAGUAAUCAAGUGGUCCAUUUUAUAAAUUCAUGUCACAAACUUUAAAAAAUAGGUAAAUAUUAAUUGGUUGAUUUGCUCUAAUGAAACUAGUGUCCACUCUUUGGGUACUGUCAAACGGCAUCAGAACAAUAUUCGACUUGCUGAUAAGUUUGACUGGACACUUCAUUCACACAGGACUGUUCAACUGGAAUUCUGGCCUUAUCCUUCCAAACAUUGAAACUCUGACCUUAUCCUUCCUAACACUGGAAUUCUGCCCUUAUUCUUCCUAAGUGAGCUAGCUGUAACUUGAAACAGUUUUAAAUUAUGUACAUCACUCAUUUGACUAUAUAUAUAAUUAUGUUACUGAAGGUCAAAAUUAAAUUCAAACUUGUUAUUUUUUUUUUCUAUCUUUUCUUUGUACCCUAUCCCUAAUUGUCAUGAAUUAGGGCUAGGAGACAUAGGGAAUUGGAAACAUCAACCAAGGUUAAAAAAUUAAAUUACACCUGAAUAUAAUUUUGACCUGUAACUGACAUUAAUAUCUGCUCACAUUACAGCCAUUUUCAAACCUCAAAACUCAGUAAUCAAUAUUUAAUAAUUCAUUUUUUCAACAGGGGUAAAACUGAUAUACAAUUAACAAAACAAUUCCCUAACCCCCUCCCCUCCAAAAAAAUGUUGAUUAAAUCUCAUCAUACUUGUCAAUGGUAUGCAGUUUAAAAUUUGUGAUGCGAGGAGGGAGACACUUGUUUGAUAUGGCUUAGGGGGUGAGUACUUAUUUAGAGUGUUGGCACUUUAAUGUGGGAGGAAAUACAGUAAUAAAAGUAAUAAUACUUUCUAUUUGAUUUAGGUUGCUAUUGUUGACCUCAAUGAAGAAAGAGGCAUGGAGGUAGAGAGAAUAUUCAGUGAAACUUAUGGGACAGGGUGUGCAAAGUUCAUUAGAUGUGAUGUUUCCAUUGAGAAGGAACUGAAAGGUUUUAUAUUAAGUUCUUACUAUUUAGUAAUAAAAUCAGUAUAGCACAUGUUUUAGAUGCUUCCUGAAGACACUAUAAGCAUGUGCAAAUUCUAUCCAGGGGCCAAUUUAAUAAAACUUUUAGAAGUGUAAUUUACAAGUUUGGCCACUGUUGUUUUCACACUCUAAAUCAAUAGCUACACUUGUAAAAUUUAAAAUUACAUUUGUAAAAGUUUUAUUGAUUCGACUCCUGAUUAUAAUACAUAAUACAGUAUAUACUUUAAAGGUAAUAAGUUGGUGGUAUUAAACACUGCAUAUAAUUGACCUCGAGAUUGGUUAAAAAUUAGAGUGGUUUUCGUUUGAGUGUCGUAAAACCAAAACCAAAGUAAUUACUCUGGCCAAUCACAUAGGACACAGACAAUACAUUGAAUCAAUCAAAACUCGAAGUAAUUACAUGUGGCUGACGCAAAGCGCGGGAAAAUGCAUGCGAGCGCGUCACAAUUGGCUUUGGUUUUACUUCUGAUUGGAUGAAAAGGUAAGGCGAAUCUUUUAAGCCAAUCGCAUCGUGUAGAAAGUGCAAAACCAAUUACUUUUCGAUACUUAAAUGAAAACCGCUCUAUCCAGGUCUUUGAACAAGUUUUCCGGACCGUUUCAGUUUCUUGAAACAUCUAUUUCUCUAAAGUUAUUGCUACCUUCCCUUCCCCUAAAUGGGAUGCUAGUCCAUUACCCUGUACAGUUGAGCCCGCAGUCAGAUUAAGCAGUGCGUGUCUUACAAUUAAUGCAUGUGCAGAGAGAACAGAUAAGAUAAACAAAGGUGAAUGGAACUGUAACUUGACAGACUUAUCUAAUAAUAAUAAUAAUAAUAAUAAUAAUAAUAAUAAUAAUAAUAAUAACAAUAAAUUAAUAGUAAUAAUAAUUAAAGAAUAAUAAGUUACUAUAAAUAAUUAUAUGACUGUGCCAUGUAAUAAUAACCUUGCAUUCCAUAGUGUGCAUGCUGAACUUAAUUUUUAUUAUUAUUAUUAUUAUUAUUAUUAUUAUUAUUAUUAUUAUUGUUAUUGUUAUAGUUAAUUAUUAUUAUUAUCAUUAUUAUUUUUAUUAUUAAAGAGGCCUUCUCAAGAAUUAUUUCUUUUUGGGGAAGACUUGACAUUGUUUGCAACAAUGCAGCUGUUCUUGAUGAAGAUGAUUGGAAUAAAACUCUCAAUACAAACUUGGUAAGUUUUAACUGCUUCUUUCUGUAGCUGCUUUUCCAUUGCAUAGCACAAUAAACAGCUACCCAUCAGCCAAUAUGUCCUGUACUAUCGCCCUUUUCAGUCAGUCAAAUAACUGCAUGGUCAUCAACUUAUUAAAACUAAGUCUGCCACGGCCGGUUUUGAGACACUUUUAAAAGUAAUCAUACAGCAAAAUUGUCACUGUAAGCCAGUGACAACCUGUAGGAAGAGACUGGGGGCCGAAUUGUUUAUGAACUAUUUAAAUUCUAUAAGGUUUCAGGAUACCAGUCUACACUUUUUUUACCACUUUUCUUUUUACUCAUGAAUCCUAACUGAGAUCCUACAAUACUCAUUUAAAAAAAGGGCAUUAACUGAUUGCUAGUCAGUACUAAUAAGUGCUUGCCUUAUUCAGAAAUUCUGGCACUAUUCAGAAAAUAACAGUGCACACCAGGCACGCUAGGACUGUAUAUCACGUAAGAAAGGAAGGGAGAAACUCCUUGAAAUGCCUGCUUUGACAGUUACAGGUAGACUUACAAGGUCUGGCGCAUUAUUUGGUGAUCCUGUUGAUACGAAACGUAUCAACUUAUUGUUGCACAGAUGCUUAAUACAAAAUAAAGCAAAGUUGAUGUGGGUCCAAACAGGUGCCAUGCUCAUGGCUAAAAUUCUUUCCCUGGUCGCUUGAAGUUCACUAAAAUAAGAGUUUUAGGGGCCCCCACAUUAAAAAUUACCCCGGGGAUAUCCCUAGACUCCUCCAGUGGAAAGGGGGUGACCCCUUCUUGCAUAUCUACCCCUACAUGUGCAUGAAUGCCUUUCAAUCUUAUUAGAUGGGCCCCUGAUCGUAUCUAUCUCCUGACUCCUGGUGUGGGCUUACAAGUUGCGUACUGAACAUCAGUUUAAGUGUCACCAACAGUCUUUUGCUGUUCAUGUUGUUUACGUUAAUUAACUGGGACCAGUUGCAACGAGCCUGAGGUAUACCUGCCAACUUUUCCCGUGUAAAAUGCGACUGAUUUUAGUAUCCAUGUUUUAACUGAAUUUCUGAAAAAGCCUGACAGCUUUGGAACAGUUCCGAAGACAUUCCAACGUCUUCGGUUCCGAACAUUACCGAAGAUGUUCCGAUGAUUUUCGAAGGUCACCGUUUGCAGCGCUUAGAAGCGUCAAAUCUCGGCACCAUCUCGCCGAGAUCACGUAUAUCUUAAUACCGAGAGGAGGUAUCGUGAGACGUUAACUUAUUGCUUAGGGCUCAAACGUGACAUGUAGCGCCGUUCACUGGGCUAUUUUGGGUGGUGAUUGAAUUCAUUUUUUGACGUUUAAGGUCACUGAACAAGUAGUCCACAAAUAUGAGUCUGCUUAAGUUUGGAGUUAAAAUAAGUGGUUUGACUGACCUGAAUGUUACGUUUUCUGCAACUCCAAGUUGGAUUCGUAUUUUACUGAUGUCUACCUCUUUUUGUUGGUAAAAAUAUUUAGGGUGGUGCCAUUCAUGGAACUCUUCUUGGUCUAGAACACAUGAAGAGUGGAUCAGUAAUGAUAAACACAUCAUCAACUGCAGGUACAGAUCAGUGUAGAGCGAACUUCAUUGAACUGAACUGAACUUAAAAGAAGGGAAGCUUUUAAAAGAAAGUUUUAUAUAUAUACUGUUACAGUGGAACCGGUAUAAGCUCGGUAUAAAGUUCCCCCCUUUAAAUUAAGGGAGCAGUUUUCACGUUUCCACGUUGGUCUUUCUUUGUUGAAAUUUUUCCUGCGUUCGUCUUUGUUACUUUUGCCGCGCGUUGGCCGGAGAAGUACAAAUUCAAGUCUUAGAAAUACAGUGAAUGUACUCUACUUUUUUAAUUUAGUAAACUAGACUACAAUAAUUUAUGCUACCUGUACUAUUUCAUAAUGUCACCUUUAUUCCACCGUUACAGUUUCAAGCCAGCAACUUUGUUGAAAAUAUAGUUAUAUUAACAUUCACUUCACUGAUAAGCGAUUGGUGGGCAUGCUCGUCGAGCCCCCGGCCUCAUGAUAUUGUCAAGUCGUAAUAUGUGCAAGUUUACAGCUUUAAGUGCCGUUUCCCUUUUCGCAUUCAAGUCAGGAUUUAAAAACGUUUGUAAGAAAUGCAAUAAGAACCACCAGCUUACCAAACAAUUCGAAUUGUAAGGCGUGGGGCUUGUAAUUGAGUUAACAAGUCGGUCGAGAAACGAUCCCCUGGAUCAUUUUUUAGUCAAUGGAUACUGGCCAGGAAUAAUUACAAUAAAGAAAAACACUAACGAAUAGCGAAAUUAUCAGUACAUUUAACUAUUAUGUCAUAUCUUGAUCUUUAGUUCAUGACUUUAUUGCUUUGAUAGGCCUUUCUGCGUGGAAACUUGCCCCCAUGUACUGUGCCACAAAGCACGGGAUUGUAGCCUUUACUAGAAGUAUUUCAAAUGUGAGUAUUUCUCUGAAAUAUUGUAACAGAACAUUCUUUUUCUUUCAGAGUAACUGUCAGUGUGUUGAGAAAAAGGCAGUCCCCAUCUGAUUUGCUUUCGAAUAGCUCCCGCUUGGUGAUUGGUUGAACUAAAACGUGCAUCUUUAUGAACCAAUCAAAUGAAACCACUACAUCAGUUACAUUUAAAAGCACAGUUUUGUCUACUUUAUUCUUACGUUCAGGCCUACCGCGUAAAUUGUCCACCGAGAACGGACUCUUUUCAAAGUGGAUGAAUAUGACUUCAGUUUAAAAUACCUGCAUUGCGUUUUAGACCCUGUUUACAUGGAGUGUGGGACCCCGGUCUAGUGGGGUAAGUUUCUUUUGUUUUGUGUCCCCCAGAGAGUGAAAACAAAAGAAACUUACCCCACUAGACCGGGUUACCCCACUCCAUGUAAACAGGCCCUUAGUCUGAAUGGAAAACGUUUUGCAGAACGUAACUUUUUGAAAACCCUGUUGUCUCCGGCAACGUUGCGUUUCCAGAUUUAUAGACAUUUCUUUGCACUUCUACAGCAAAUGUGUGGACGAAAAACAUUUUAUGCGUCAGUGUGCACGGGGCCUAAGUUAAAACAAACAAAAAAUGCUCACUCUGGGCUGAAAUUUGACAAGAACUGUACCUCUUAAAUCCCGUUUACACCGGUGCGGACAAAUUGGCUCAAUUUAGGUUUCCGGGAAACUGCCCGCCAACCCCUCCCCUAAGCCAUCACUUUGUCCUAAGUGAGAAGUGAGUGUUAAUGUUACCUUAGGGGAGGGCUAGGUGGGCAGUUUCCCAGCUACCUAAAUUGAUCCGACAAAUUCUUGAAGGGACGAAAAUCUCCUCUGUACAACAGGUUUGUGAGCACGGAACCGGGCAAAUUUUGUCACAGAUUGCUGUACUGUUUGCCGUUCAAAAACUUGCACAGAUCCGCGGAUCCCGUGUAAGCGAAAGGCGGGUUUUUCCUUUUAAAACUUUGUCCGCACCUAUGUAUACGGGUCUUAAGAAAGGGUGUUAAUUACAUUUGUAAGGAUUAGUUCAGUCGGUAGAGCACUUGACUACAGAGCGGGAGGUCGCGGGUUCGAUUCCCGAGACCGGAGCAAUACUCAGGGUCUUAAAAUAACUGAGAAAUGAAGGUACUCCCUUUGCACUGCAACUGUGGCUGGACCUUCUCGUGGCUCGGAUGACCACGUAAAAUGGCGGUCCCGUCUAAAAUAGUGUCCCCAAUUAGUACUUUCGUGCUAAAUACAUUGACACUCAAAUAAAGCGCUUUUUUAUACAGCCGUCACUUUUACUCGUUGAAAUUGUUAAUUGUUUUUUGCCUUCAAGACAAUUGCGACGGCUAUACGCGUGUACUGCAAGUGAAUACACCCUAAGAGUUAACUAACAUUAUUGCUACUAAAGAACCUUUUCUCUUUUUUUUGUUAAUGAAGGCAGCUAUGAGAGAUCAAGGAAUCCGUGUGAACUGUAUCUGCCCUGGAAGAACGGACACUGAAAUGGACUUUCCUAGACACAAACUAAGAAAGGAGGAAAUUGAAGCACAAGAUAGCCUCCCCAAACAACCGUAAGUUUGUCAGAAUUAGUUUAAUUCAGUUUUUUUUUAGCUGUUCCUUGGGUAACUUUUUGUUUUGUUUUUCCUAUGCUGGAAAUAACUAUAUUUUGAAACAUUUAAAAUUGAUUAAAUACUACCAUUAACCAGUUGUGGAGGUAUAUAAGCCAACCCCUAACAGUAAAAGCCGCCACCUCAUCAUGCCACUCGUAUGCGCAUGCAUAGAGAGUUCUUCGGGUCUAUGCUUCAGUACCACAGAGAACAGAACACAGAAGCCUCUACUGAAAAAGGUCAUAAAACGACUCUAAAGUAAAAAGUUUCACACAAUGUGAAAAUGUUUAACUCUAGGAUUGGGAGCGUUGGUGUAAUCCUAACUUUGUUUUUUGUUCUGCUAUGUUUUGUUUUUAAUAGGAUUUCUGCUGUUACCAAGGGCAUCAUCGAACUGAUUGAGGACGACACUAAAAUAGGAGAGGUUUUAGUUGUGUGUGAGACGGAUGGAACCAAGUACAAGCUGUUUUAGAUACACAGGAUUCAAUAAGGUACGUUUCCUUCUGCGUUGAAGGCAAAUUGGCUUAGUUUGAGCGACUUCUUUUGCUUUGCACGUAACAGUGUUUUAUCAUUCUAGCACUGGCCAGUACUUUCAAUUGAAAAUUAAUAUUGCAAAUGGUAUGGAGUUGAGUGGAGACUGUACUUAAAGAAAGUAAUACUUGAAAGUUAUAAUGGGCACUGAUAAACUUGUGGUCCUCAAAUAAAUACUGGAAAUCCUCUAUUCAGAUCCCCCUCUCAAAUAAUCCCUCUCCCCUCUUCAGCAGAAGCAGCUUAUUACGCCCCCUCUCUUUAAGCCCCUCUUCCCCUCCCCCCAUAUUAUUAAAUGAUAGACUGUAUUAAUUAAUCACGAAUGUAACACUUCAUGUUGGACAGAUCGCGUAUAGUUCUGAUGCAAGUGCUGGAAGUUUGUGAUCUUCGAAUUAACUCCAAUUUUAUGUUCCUGAACUUUUCCAUUUUUUUUUCUCGUUCUUUUUGACAAUUGAUACCAUCAUCUUUGCCAAAUUUAAUAGACUCCCUUCUCUCAAAUGAGACCCCCGUCUCUACUCCCCCGCCCACCCCUCAAACCUGACCCCGAGGGUCUAGAGCUUUUACUGCCCUGGUAUUUUCAACUCCCUUCUCGGUUUAUGAACAAAUAUCCUGUCUUAUGUUUCGGUAUACAAUUUAACCCACUUUACGAACACCCGCUUGAUACGGAAACCUCAUUGUUACGGACAUUUUGCUUUGUCCCUGGGGAAAAAAACCUUUGUAUUUUGUUUAUUUAACUUUAGAAAGUUCAACCAACCCGCUUAAGAGGACACCCCGUUAGUACGGACACUUUCUAUGGCCCACUCAGUGUCUGUAUUAACGGGGUCUGACUGUAUUACAUGGAAACACUGUCUCACAAGCUUGUAAGGAUAGAGAGCUUAGAGCUCUGACUUCGAUAGUCCGGACAUCAACCGGAAGUUGUUUUCGUAAUAUUGCCACAUACGAUUUGUGACGUCAGCGCUUUAUGCAAGGAACAUGAAAAAAAAAAAAACAUGCCGAGCUUCUCUUGGAAGAGGUGAAAGUGUACCCUGAAACAAAGCUUGCCAGGAACUUCUGGUUGCUGUUCGUACCUCUGGUAAGUCAAAGUUCUCGGUGUUAAGAACAUUGCGCCCAGUGAUUGUUAUUAGUACAUAGUCAGAUUUUUUCUUGUUAUACUAAGCAGGCCCUUUGUAGUCAGUCUGCUGAGUGGUCUUGGCAAGUGAGGAUGGACAGGUUCGACCACGAGAUCGGAAAAAGCAAACUGACAAGCAAACAAAUUACCUUCACCUUGUAAUAGCCCUUUUCACUCUCAUGAUCAGCACCUACGUUGGUUUGAAGAAACAAAAAAAUAAAGUGGUGCAUAAAGAAAGAAUUCAACUCUUUCAUGUUUGGUACGGUACACCAAUAUGGCCACCACUUCAUUGCGCGUAAAAAUGACGCGACAGUAGAAAUCUACCUUAACUGACUGACUUGCUGACUGAGUAAUGGUAGAUCUCAUGAUCUUAAUCUUUUUACCGAUAGCCCUUCUCUCUCCGGGUGACCACCCGCCGACCAACAAGCUUAAGACAUUAGACUACACCGGAGAUGGCCAACGUCUUGAUCAAUAAAGCGUUUUCACUCACGUGACCAGCAUCUAUGCAAAUUUAUUGAAACAAAAGAAGCGUUUACAUAAGAAAAGAGUUCAACUCCCUCAGGAUUUGUUCGGUACACCAACAUGGCCGCCGUUUUAUUGUUUUGGAACACCAAUAUGGCCGCCGUGACGUCAUGUGAAAACGCUCUAUAGGUUCUACCAUUAUACAUGUACAAUCGUACUUUCUUUUUUUUUUUCUUGCAGAAGUUGACCAUUUUGCACCAGAUGCUCAUGCUACGGUCGGUUAUUAGGCAUGACAGCGGGUACAACUACAAGUUAUGCGACCCCUACCUCUGGAUCACAUGGUAACGUAGUAUAACAACCUUAAGAGUGAUUGUUGUGUAGUCAUCAUUUCAGUUUUCAUGUUGGCGUUGCGAGAAAAUAUAUCCCAUUAUUGGCGCAGUUGCAGCUCUGUCCAAUAACACGGAUCUUACUUUUUCCCCCUAACCUAUAUUUAAGGAAGAAUUGUGUUUAUAGAAUCUGACAGUCAGCAUUAGAAUGAACCCAAAGACAACAGCUCCGGCCCUUUUAAUUGAACGAGGACAACGUUAUUGAUUCGCCUUUCCUCCCUUACUGAAAAAAAGCAUAAAAUCCAACAAACAAUUAAGGAAAUGAAAUUUUUUAACGCUUAUGUAGACAGAGGUUAACGUGGAAGCAAAUUUAAAGAGGUAAUUGUUCCUACACUAGUUUUGCUUUAGCCUUUCUAUCCGUACUUAUUUUCUGCGCUAAUCUGAGUUUUACGCUUCCACAGCUGUCAAUCCAACAACAUGUAACUUUUGCCUAGGUUCGGGUAAUGUUGAGCUGUGUGAAGGCGAAAAUUUGCAGACUCAGAUGCCUUGUUCUUAUGACACAUUCCCCAACAUUGGCACAACUCACUGUUAUACAGCAGCAGGAACAUUCAAGUAUUCCAACGUGCCUGAGGUUAAUUACACAGGCUUUGCAAGAGGAUGCAUCAACUGCACA